CGUCCAUCAGUCAUGAAUCGAGUGUUGCUGACUGCGUGUGUGUUAGCAUGCUUGACCAACGCGUAUCGACUGCGCAGGUCACAUAUUUCAAAGAGUGUCAUCACCUUCCCACAUGAUGAUCAUUACGCAUGCAGUACUCCUUACCGUCAACCCGGAGUUUGCGUACCAAUAGAAGCGUGCCCGGAAUUGAGAAGGGUCAGCCUGUACCGCUUGAGCAAGUUCCUCUGCGGUUUCGACGCCGGUGACGUACCGCUACUCUGCUGCGAGCGUCAGCUCCUGCCACCGGCUCCGGCUGGGCCACUCUCAACGCCUCCGUCGGGGGCGAUUCCCACGGUGAAAAGUUCAACAGGGUUCAAUCCCAAUCAAUCGAUAGCCCCGGUGCCAUUGUUGUGUUCCGUUUCCGUUCACGAAGGUCGUCGCUUGAAAUCCUGUUGGUUCCUGGCCCUUCAGAGAGUCGUCUACCCAGAGGAUGGGGACGAACCCAUUCUCCCGGAAGGUCCGGUCGCCAUCGAAAAGAACCUCAGCGUGCCAAAUACAACGCCAAAUCCAACGGAACCCAUCGCAAGACCUAUUGGGGACCUGAAACCGAGCAAAACAUCCGUAACGUCAGACUAGGAAGUCUCGAUUGAGGCUCUCCCCGGAAACCGCGAGAGAUCCCGACCCACGGCCAUAGAUCCCCGACAUUUCAUCGACUGAAUAAAUGAUUGUUCCAAAUGAUCA